UGUUUACUUAGUACUAGUACCAAUCCCCUGACGUGCGUCUCCAGUGGGUGGCGGCGGCGGCGGCGGCUCGUCGUAUCGGGUCGUCCUAUAAACCUACCAACCUACGGGCGGAUUGCUAGUCAUCCCGUCCCCCCCGUUCGCCUCCGCUCACUGGUGAGCGACCUAUGCAAAACGGGCUCAGUCUCGCGCGCUUUUAGCACAAGCUCGUGCCCGGACCACAGACCUGCUUGUGAGCGGAGAGGGCGGGCUACCAACACGACUUUAAACUCCAUAUGAUCGCCGCCGCGCGCAGCUGUUCCCCUUCCUCCCACAUAUUCCCCCUUCCGUCGGCUCUUGAUCUUUGUGCAACCUGAGUUUACAUAUACAGUCGAAACCUCUAGCCAGAUCGCGUGCAAAGCAUCGUCGACUCAUCUCACUUUACCCCGACCAGUCACCACCACCACCACCAACCAAACCCCCUUGGUCCUCGGCAAAGCAAAAGCAAAGUACCCAAGCCUUCCGCAAACAUGGCACCCUCCGGCCCCAUCUCGACGCCCUUCACGCGGCUUAUGGGCAUCAGGCACCCGGUCGUGCUCGCCGGCAUGGCGCGCACGUCGGGCGGCGAGCUCGCGGCGGCCGUGUCCAACGCGGGCGGGCUCGGCGUCAUCGGCGGGUUCCAGUACACUCCCGACCAGCUGCGCGAGAUCGUGGCGGAGCUCAAAGAGAACCUCAAGAGUCCGGACCUGCCGUUCGGCGUGGAUCUGGCCCUACCGCAGAUUGGCGGCAACGCGCGCAAGACCAACCACGACUACACGGGCGGCAAGCUCGACGAGCUCAUCGACAUCACCAUUGAGAGCGGCGCACGGCUCUUCGUGUGCGCCGUCGGCGUGUGCCCCAAGCCCGUCACCGAGCGCCUGCACAAGCACGGCAUCCUCGUCAUGAACAUGGUCGGCCACCCCAAGCACGCCGUCAAGGCGCUCGACGCGGGCGUCGACAUGGUCUGCGCGCAGGGCACCGAGGGCGGCGGCCACACGGGCGACGUGGCCAACUCGGUCCUCAUCCCGGCCGUCGUCGACGUGGCGCGCCGGUAUAAGCCUCCCAUGCUCAAGGGCUCGACGGCGCUGGUGCUGGCCGCCGGCGGCAUCCACAACGGGCGCGGGCUCGCCAGCUCGCUCAUGCAGGGCGCGACAGGCGUCUGGGUGGGCACCCGCUUCGUCGCCUCGGCCGAGGCCAACUGCAGCAACGAGCACAAGCAGGCCGUCGUCGAGUGCGGCCACGGCGAGACGGAGCGCAGCCUCGUCCUCAGCGGGCGGCCCAUCCGCCUCCGCCCCAAUGACUACAUCCGCCGCUGGCACGACACGCCCGAGCUCAUCCGCGAGCUCUGCGACAAGGGCAUCGUCCCCAUCGAGCACGACUUGGAGAAGGGCGCCGAUGACAUUGACCUGCCCCACAUCAUGGGCCAGGUCGCCGGCUCCAUCACAAAGAUCCAGCCCGCGCGUGAGAUUGUCGACGAGAUGGUGGCCGAGGCAGUCGACACGCUCAAGCAGGGAUAUACGUACCUGACAAACAAGAGCAAGUUGUGAUGAGGAGGAGACGAGAGCAAGCUGUGGGGAGCAGGAAGGGGAGCAUCAAGAGUCAGCAGAGUUGGUGGGCAGACCUGUAAAAAGUACAUGGCAAGACGAGGUAUUGGAGGGGCAGGCCGGCCGUCAUCUGCGCGUGUGUUUGAAUAUAAAUAUCCAGUUCCGAAGUUAUAUUGUUUGCGGUGGCAUUUGGUAGUGAACAAGGUGGGCAAAUUGGCAACCACUUAAGGCAGUUAUAGGGCCGAAGAAGAUGAUGA